AAACUCUGAUCUGAGAUGUUCGGACUUUCGGAACCGGCUGUCAUUUUCUCUGCUUAAUCAUCUUCACUUCCUCUGGUUCUGAUUCGGUUCCCUGCGCAGGAUGGACCUGGGUUGUAUAAUAACUUAGAUGUUCUAGACCUGUUGGGAGACUUUCUGCUCUUUUGGGACAUGGAGGACCUGAUCCGGCUCCCAGACCAGGACCUACAGAGGUUCGGUAAGGAGGACCUGAUCCGAACGCUGCGGGCUCUGCAGAACCGCAACAAGGACCUGAUGCUGGAGCAUGGGAAACUGAUGAAGGAGGUGAACCGCAGCCUGCAGGUCCACCUCCAGGAGAUCCGGAGCCUGAAGGAGGUGAACCAGAAGCUGCAGGAGGAUAACCAGGAGCUGCGGGAGCUCUGCUGCUUCCUGGACGACGACCGACAGAAGGACAGGAAGGUGUCCCGGGAGUGGCAGCGCUUCGGCCGCUACACGGCCGGCGUGCUGUGGAGGGAGCUGGGGCUGUACCAGCAGAAGCUGACCGAGCUGGAGGCCGGGCAGGAGGCGCUGAGGGCGGAGAACUCCGAGCUGAAGGAGAUCGUCCUCAUGUUGGACGAGGAGAGGAACGGAGCGGGCUCCCGGAGCUCCAUCGACAGCCAGUCCAGCCUGAGCGGGCCGGUGCCGCCCCGGGACGGAGGGGACGGGAGCAGCGGGGGGAGUCCGGACCACCAUCCCCCCUACCUGAAGGGCUGUGGGGGGAAGACAGGCCCUCUGAGGAGGUCCAUGGAUGAUCUGUCAGUGCACAGAGGUUCUGCACUCAAUACAGAGUUCAGAUCAGAUGUAUCAGAUUGCUACAUAAGAGAGCUGGAAAACAAGGUGAGGAUCUUGGAGGAUGAAAACAAACUGCUGGUGAUGCAGAACCAUCCUCAGAACUCCAGUGGAGAAAUGUCCCCCACAGGCUUCUACCUUCCUCUGGGACAGAAACCUGAAGCUGUCGUCCAUGCCAUGAAGGUGCUGGAGGUUCAUGAGAAGCUGGAUGGCCAGAGCUCAAGGGAACAUGAUGAAGACCUCAAUGAGAAGGAGAAAGCCAUCGUCAGGGAGAUGUGCAACGUGGUUUGGAGAAAGCUGGGCGAUGCUGCUGGCUCAAAGCUUACUGUUCGACAGCAGCUGUCAGGAAACCAGCUCCAAGGACCAGUACAGUAGCAGACAGCCCAUCAUCAAACCCAGAGCAUAACCCUCAAAAGAAAGUAGAGGAAAAUGGAGACACUUUUUUUGACUACUUAAUAUG